AUGGUAUGUAAUGGAAGGGAGAAGAAGAAUAUGGGUACAGCAAAGAAAGCAAAGGCAGUGGCUGCCGUGAAACUCUCGACUGACCCACAAAGCGUGGCUGCGCGGCAAAGGAGGCACAGGAUCAGAGACCGUUUCAAGAUUUUGCGGAGCCUGAUCCCUGGCGGAGCAAAAAUGGACACAGCAUCUAUGUUGGAAGAGGCAAUUCAUUAUGUGAAGUUUCUCAAGACUCAAAUCUGGCUUCUCCAGACAAUGAUGGACUUUGAAAAGGAUUAUGGUCCUGAUUCUGCUUAUUAUCCUCCUCAAUAUAAUUCAUUUUUCACUCAUCAAAGUGAUGUUUAUCCGCAAAAUUAUGAUAUGGGAGUUCAAGAUGAGGCAAUGCCUCAAUUAGGGUUAUCAAAUUCUUGCUUCCAAGGUGACGAAAAUGUGCCUUUUGAUGAUCCACAUGUGCAGCAGUACUACUAG